AGCUUCAUGUAGGCAGAGAAAAAAGGAGAGAGAGAAAGGGGAGAAAACUAAAGGAGAAAUGUAGGAAAAUAUAAAGAGACAAGACAGAUGUUACAGUGUCAUCUACAGAUAGGAUUUCCAAUAAGAAUCUGUAGAUAACUGGGAAGCCUUGUUUUGACUCUGCUAUGGGAGAACUGGUUGACGGGAAAUGUUUUGGUGAACAUCAAUAAAUAUUAAAUAUGUUUUUAUUUCUUUAACUGUAAGUUGAUGUCUAUCAUUUUAUGUUUCAAUCAGAAGCAAACCUGAUAUUGUUUUAUUAGCUGAGCUUGUUAUAGCCACUAUAUCAUCUUAUUUAUCUUUUUAUCUUUUUUGGUCUCUCUCACACAUUUGAAUUUUAGUUGUUUACUUUGUAUUACUUGUUACUAAUGUAUGUCUGUCCAAAACGGUAUAGCUUUUUUAUUACAAAACUCAAUUUUAUUUGUUUAUCUUUAGGUUUUAUUUUUGGAGAUAUAGUGGUAGAUAUGUUAGUUUUUAGGAUGUGAUUCAGAGCAGGCAUUUUGCAACAGCCGUUAUGUGCUUGGCAAUGUGGAUAAAAUCGUAUAUAAAUCGUAUUUAUAUGAAGCUGUACAUUUUAUGGAAAUUUUAUAAAUUAUUUUAUAUAUUUGAUCUGUUUCCAUACAUCUGUCUCUGAUUAACUUAAUCAAUUAUAACUUGAAACAUGACAAACUCUCAAAGUUAUAAUCAUAAUUAGGGCAUUAUUAUUUGACAGAUAAUAUAUUUUUCAAUAUAAGUUAGUAAAGUCGUCAUUACGUUUAUCCUUUUUAAACCUUUAGAUGAUUAUUUUCUGAGAUCCAAUGAUAAAGAGCAUAUUUCCAAAAUGUCAGACUUUUUCUUUUAAUACAUUCUGCAGUCCAUCAGAAGCAUAUAGGCAUGUUUGAGGAGCUAUACCUGAUUGAUUUUGUGUAGCCUAUGUUAUUUUGGCAGUAUUUUCCUUGGGCUAAAUAAAACAACUGCCAUGUUUGCUUCAACAUUUUUCACAUUGUCUGCAUCUCACUAAAGGUACUUUUUCCUCAGUAGUAAGUUGUCUUGUUUUGCUAACUUUAUUUAGUAUUUUUCUAUUUUGGUGAAAUGGUUUGGACUGCAGUGAGUAGGCAAUGUAACCAGGCUAAGCAGCUGCUGGUUUUUUUAGUAUGCUGGAUCUGCAUUGAGAAAUUAGCAUCAUAAGUCUCAAAUAUGUGUUGCAGCUUGUGGUAUCCGAAGGCCUAUAAAUUUAAGUUACAGUUUGUUAUAAGUUCAAGUGAUAUUUUUGUCAACAUAUGCAGUGUUAGUAAGACAUGAGGUUCAACAUAGUAAUUCUUACUAUGAAAUGUUUAGGCUAGGGGCCUCUCAGUGGUCUCUGACCUUUAUCUUAAUAAAUCCCCCAUCUCCCUGUUUUACCUCACAUAUCUGUACUAGAACCAGAUGUUUCUUUACUAUUUUCUUGAAUAAACAAUAGACCUAUAUAAAGCCUAUGUUCGACGCAUAUAGACAGAGUUGUUAAUUUGGCAGGAUGCUCUCCAAGCUCCCGGGGCUUGAAAUGAUGCUGUACCUUUUUGUAAUAAACCUUUAUAUACAAUCAAGAUGGUGUCAGCGGACUUCUCUUCAAUACAUCUUUACAUCAUCGCUACUUAAUAUACUACCACAAGAAUUUGGCGUCACAAACUCCGGACGUGCUGUGACCUGCUGCCUCGCUGACGGCUUCAACGUACUGACUCCCGCAUCAAAAGCCGGCAAAUAGGGUUUCACCCUGAAGAAUGGAAGAUUUCUACAUUAACAACUCCUCACUGGCCAACAGCUAUAAUUGCAGCAACAUCACCUCCAACUCUGAUGAUAAUAACAACGCUGUAUUCAUCAAAUUUGUAAUGACAUGCAUAAUAAUUUGUAUCAGCCUUCCUUUGACCCUCGUGGCCAUCUAUACUCUUUAUUCUCAGGUGCGAAAUGAUCAUAUUGCUCCAAUCUACGUCAUCAACCUCCUCAUUUCUGACCUCAUUCAGCUCGUCUGCUUGAUUGUUCGAGUGGGGAGACAUGAGGAUCAGAAGAUAUAUGACAUCAUCUUUUAUAUGUACAACUGUGGUCUGAUUGUCAGUAUCAGCUUCAUGGUGUGCGUCGCCCUGGAAAGAUAUUUGGUCAUCGCCUUCCCGCUGUGGUACCGCUUCAGACGAACCAUCAAGACCUCUGUGGUGGUCUGUAUCGUGGUCUGGGCCCUUCCUCCUCUCUAUUUCCUUGCUUUCUUUUUCUGGGUUGGUCUUAAAGUCUCAUAUAUCGUCUUCGGCACAUUCCUCCUCCUUCCUUUCCCACUGUUGAUAUUCUUCCUUUGUGGGACCCUCAAAACCCUGUCUGCCAGCCUUGUAUCACCUGACGAAAAACGAAGAAUUGUGGGAAUUUUGGUCCUGGUGCUGCUUAUUUACACACUGCUGUUCCUGCCCACCAUCAUUGGGUUCCUGGCAGAGGGAGCAAGAAAUAACAAUACUUUCAGCAACCUGUAUGGCAUGUUACUUAGGUUGAAUCCUCUUGCCGACUUAGUUCUGUAUGUUUUCGUGAGAAAAGGGACCAUAGACAAGCUUUUGGCCUCUGUGUGUUGUUGCAGAAUGGACAGCAAUGAUAUCAGCAGUUCAUGACAACAUUUACACAGUCAGCUUCAUGUUGUUUUUAAUGAUGUUCGUAACUUGGGUAAAUAUUCUCUUUUUAAUCUGGUUUUCUUAGGUGGUAUGAGCCCAUUCAUGUCUUUGUCUUGACUAUGUAUGUGAUCUCAUCGCGCAAAUGAAAAUGAAUAAACCAUAAGGUUCUCCCUGAAUGCAUGGCUCCUCCCACGUCAUUAAAGUUAUUGGUCUCACCAGCUGAGAGCCUAUAUAAACUGGCUGGUUCAAUGAUGACGCUCUCUUUCCCCUCUGGAAGGCUGUUGCCUUUCAGUCACUCAACAUUGGUUUUGUUUUGUUUGGUUGCCUUUAGUUGAUCAUUUGUUCAUGUUACAGGUAGUUUAGAUUACCAACUACAGUUUCUCACCCACACUUCACUACUAACUGCUGUCUUCACGUAUUGUUUGCUUAUAAUGAGUUAUUGUUAAUAAAUAAAUAAAUUUACUUCAA